ACAGCAGGCGGGGAUAGGCAGAGGGUCCUGAGACACUGGGGCCCUGCAGGGGCAAGGGCAGGUGGGAGGAGCGAGGAGCAGGGGCCUUGGAGAUAGACAGGUGAACUCCCUGCUCUGACGCUCCCUGUGGACUGUGAGCCCCGCUUACCUCAGCUAUAAAUUGGGACGGUAAUAGGUCUUUCCCCAAGGACUGCUGGGAGGCCCAGUGAACUCAUCCCAGUAAAGGGCUGGACACGGAGCAUGCCCGUUCUGGGCAGGCUGUUCUCAUCCUUCCACAGUUAACAACUGUCUUGGUCAAAUCAACUGUGUAGUGACACCUGGAAGCCUUUCGGGGUGGCUGCAGCAUGGGAGGAGAGCGGCCUGGCAGGGGCCCAGAGGGCAGGGGCACUGAUGCCCAGGGAGGGAGAUGCCGUGUGGUGACUGGGCCCCAAGCAGAGCUGGAAAUUGGGAAUGUGUGUCCCAGUCCCAGCUCAGCCCCAACUGCUGGAGUCACUUUGGGCAGGGUAGUGGCCCUCUCCAGGCCAAAGCAUCCCAGCUGUAGCAGGAGGGGGUGUGACCAGAAGGCAGGGACCAGCCAACAUUGUUGGGCAGAACUGCCAUCUUACCUGAGGGGUCCACUGGGCAGGAAGGAGCUAUUUCCAAGUUCCUUCAUGUGGAGGGAAGGGGGUCACACGAGGGCAUGAAUAUCAGGAGGCAUGGCUGACCUGGGGCCUUCUUAGAGGUUGUGACCACACUAGGCAAUGGUACCCUAUGGACUCUGGCACCCCCAAUCCUUCCAGAGUUCCAGGCUGCAUUCUCCGCCCCAGGCCAAGGACUCCCUGAGCCAGAACCAUGAGCUCCUGGAGGGGGGGAAGGCCACAGACCCGUCGUCAGCCCUGGAUCAGGGUGAAGCCAAGAGCGAUGUGGACCGAAGCGGGGAGAGCCCUGGCAGGCCUGCAGGGCCCACACCUGGUUCCUCACAAGAGCUGAACCCCAUCACUGGCAGGAGCUUUGGAGAGCCAAGAAGCUCAGAGUUCAAGGUCUCCGCAAGGGCCCUCAGGUUGGAGGUGGCAGGGGUGGGCGUCUGGGUGGGCUGUCUGCUGGAUGAGGUGGGGCAGCCUUCCCCGGCCAGGUGGAGGAAGCACCUUCCACACCACACACAAUGGGCCUAUCAAAUUCCGGAAUCAGGCAAGGGCCAGCCACUGGGGCCUACAGGUUCCCCAGGGGAAGUGGCCCUGGCGAGGAUUCCCUCACCAGGCUGGGCCCAGAGUGCUCUUCCUUCUUUGGCUCAGAGGGAAGAGGGGAGCCCCUCGGAACCUGCCAUCCAGAGGCGCCAUCAACAGCAGAGGCCCCAUCCAGUGCCAUCUAGGAGUCCACAGGGGAGAGAGCUUACUCAGGGAGCCCCAGCGCCCUCUGGCCUGCCUUCCUGGGACCUGCCAGCACUCCAACAUCCCCCAGAGAGGCUGGGCUCAAGCCUGGGCCAGGAGAGAGUGGAACUUCAGAAACUGCAAGAGAGGGACACUCCUCAGAGUCAGAGAGGGGCAGACCCUGAUGGUCAGAGGGGAGAAGCCUCCCAGGGUGAGGACAGAGAAGCUACUCACUGUCAGAGAGGGAAGGCACACCAAGAUCAGAGCAGGGACUCAGCCCAGGGUGACAAUAAAGUGGCUGCUCGAAGUCAGAGAGAAAACAGGCCUAAAUGCCAGAGAAAGGCGAGUCCUCAGAGUCAGGGAAUGGAAAUCCUUCAGUCUGCAGAAGACAGGAUCCCGCAAGCCUGGGAGGUGGCUCCGGGAGAGGUGACUGCACAGCCUCUGGAGGAAGGUGGCCCCCCGGGCCAACCGAGGGACUUCUGUGGGUCCCUGGGAGAACAGAUCCCACCGACCGGGGAAAAGAACAGCCAAGGCCCUGGGGGAAGGAGCACCUGGCUGAUGCAGGGCAAGACUGAGGGCCAGAGACAAGAUUCCGCAAAGCCAGGGGCAGCCCCGGAGGGGGCGUGGGCUGCUCUUCCGGGCCGGAGGGCCCCGGCCAGGCGGCGGCUCCCCGGUCCUGGCGCCGUGAUGCCCAGGUCACUACGCCUGGGGGACUCUGGGCAGCAGGCGCUCCCUGCGGCUCUCCCAGGGCUGGCGCGCGACUCGCACGCACUGCAGGGCCCGGUGGGGCAGCAGGUGGACGAGGCGAGGCUCCCGGGCGCCCUCUGGGAGCGGAGGGGCGGCCCAAAGGGCCCCGAGUCCUCGAAGGCCGCCUGGCCAGCGCCCGCGGGCAGGGGCACAGAGCGGGCGGACGCGAGCGCGGCGCAGCAGGAGGCUUUGCAGCGGCUGCUGGAGCUACAUGGCGCGGCCAGGCGGCGGCAGCGGCGAGAUCGCGAGCAGCAGCGGCUCCGGGUACUGGAACGCCUCGGCAUCGCCAGGAACCGCCACUGCAGGGUCCACCCCCUGGGGCUCCCACCCAGCCCGGCUCAGCUCUGGCCACAGGAGGACGCAGCCGGGCGGCGGCACGCCCUGCGGGAACAGCUGGAGCAGGUGCACCGGGAGAGGACCGAGUGGCUGCAGGCCCUCAGGACCAGGAACACCCAGAACUUCCAGGAGCUACUGUGGCCCCCUGGCGGCGAGGAGCCUGCAUCUGGAAGGGACUCAAGCAGCUGGAGUUCACUGGAAAUUCUCGAGCACAGAUAGCAAAGGGACAGCAUUGCCCAGCAAGCUGGCAACACUUGCUGGCACACUCCGUUUCCACACCUCUGCUCUUCAUCUCCAACUAGCCACUGCCGAGGCUGCUCUCCCUCCCCGCUGAGGGCCUGGACUCAGCGGAUAGACAGCCUUCCCACCAGCACCACCCCCUGCCUGCCUCCCUGACAUUUGCCAGCAACUUGAGCUCCCCAGGUGACCUGGCCCAAUCUCGGGCCUUUAAAUAGCACCCAUUUGCUAAUGACCUCCCAAUGUGCACCUUCAGAUCUGACCUGCUCCUGAGGGCCAGACUUAGACACACCUCAAGCUUAACACAGCAGAUGGGGACCUGUCUACACACAUCCUCCAGCCCUGUCCUACCUACUCCAGCCUACCCUGAAAAAGCCAUUGCCUACAGGACAGUCAGGGUGACUUUUUAAAAAAGUAAAUCAGUGUCACUCUUAAAGGCUGCUUAAAACUCUCCACUGUCUUCCUCGGCACGGAAUAAAAUCCAGACCACUACUUCUUGUCACUUGGCUCAGCCUUUAGGUACUCAGGCCUUUCCUGACAACCCAACCUAAAGAAGCAUAUGCCCCAGCCUCUCCGCACAGUCACUCUCUAGUUCUGUGGAACUGGUCCCCUCUUGGACAUUUCCUUGAUCUUAUGCUUAUGGUCUGGGCCCUCCACUCUGUUUGUGUGGAGGCCAAUUUCCAGGAGUCAGG